AUGGCCGACUCCAACGAAUCCCGCCCGGUCGUGCCGGCAACCAAGCCUGUCAGUGAGGCCUUGCUGAACGAAAAGUGGGACCGCGCCAUCUCCUCCAUGCUCAUUCGUUCUUCCCUCGGUCUCUCCUUCGGUGUUGUCUUCUCGGUUCUUCUCUUCAAGCGUAGAGCUUGGCCCGCCUGGGUUGGUCUCGGAUUCGGUGCCGGACGUGCUUGGGAAGAGGCAGACUCUUCCUUCCGACGAGGCGACUCGCCCCUGAGAGAGGCUCUGCGUCGGUAA